AAGCAUUUUUACACCCAAAAACCCAGCUGCUCAGUGCGAGCUAUGGACCACGCAACAGGUGCCAUGGGGAGCCUGAUCCUCAAGCUCGGCGAACUCCUCAAGGAGGAGUACAAACUGCAGACUAGAGUCAAGGAAGACGUCAAAGAUCUCAAUAGAGAGCUGGAGAGCAUGCAAGUUGCCCUCCGCAAGGUUGGGGACGUGCCACGGGACCAGCUCGAUGAGCAAGUCAAGCUCUGGGCAAACGAGGUCAGAGACCUUUCAUACAAAAUAGAAGAUAUCAUCGAUAAGUACCUGGUGCAGGUCAUGGGCACCAAACCUGCCGUCAAGCCGCGCAAGCUCAAACGGCUCAAGAAGAAGAUGAGUGACUUGUUCACUGAGUUCAUGGCACGCCAUGCCAUCGGCGCCGAUAUUAAAGAGAUCAAAGCUCGUGUCGAGAAGGUGGCUGCCCGGCGUGACCGGUACAAGGUCAAUGAUGCGGUUCCUAAUCUAGCUGGCCCACUCAUGGUUGACCCUCGCCUAUCGGCUCUGUACAAGGACCGGAAAGAGCUUGUUGGCAUUGAUGAUUCAUUGAAUGAGCUAACAAAGAAGUUGAGUAACGAGGACGGUGAUGUGUCCAAGCAACUCCAGAUACUCUCUGUUUUUGGAUUCGGAGGCCUUGGCAAGACAACUCUUGCCAAAGCAUUGUACGAUAAGUGCCAAGCACAGUUUGAUUGCAGUGCUUUUGUUCCAGUAGGACGGAACCCUAGCAUGAAGAAACUUCUCAAUCACAUACUCUUCGAACUUGUUGGGCAAAAGAACUUGGAACUGGAUGAAAGGGAGCUAAUCAACGAACUCCGAGGAUUACUCGAGAACAAAAGGUACCCACCCUAUUAUGUAAUUUCAAAUUCAUAAAGUUAGUACAUGAUAAAUUAGCACCAAA